UUUUGUCUAGUUUGUUAUCGCUGUUGAAAAUCUUUCUUUUAACUUGUGAAUAUGAAUUCACUUUAAUGUAUUCGCUCAUGCUAUAAGAGGGUUUUCUCAUCGUUGCUUCAAAUGGCGAUCGAUAUUGCUCCUCCGAAGAGAUGCCGGGUCACGGAUGAAUCGGAAGUUGACGUCAUCGCCGGCGAUUAUGACGAACGCCAUGAGGGAUUGACACCGGCAUGCGACUUUAUGGAUGAAGAUAUUAAGCCCUAUGAGACAUUCAUCCCUGAAGAGGUUGAUAGUAGAGAUGUUGCGGUCACUGGAAAGACGAUUAUGGUCGCUGGGUCUUUUUACAUUCCGAAAUUGAACCCAGCAAAGCCAUUAGGUGAAGACGCGAGUUUUAUUUGCCUUAACAAACAGGUGAUCGGUGUUGCUGAUGGUGUUGGUGGGUGGGCGAAAAAGGGUAUCGAUUCAGGUAUGUAUUCAAGGGAAUUGAUGAAAAACGCUGAACUGGCAAUUCACAAACAGAGUAAUAGUACUACUACUACUAGUAUUGAUUUGAUGAAAGUUCUUAAUGAAGCUUUUUCGAAAACAAAGAAUAAGGGUUCUUCUACUGCUUGUAUUCUGUCUCUUUCCGAUGACACAUUGCACGCUGUUAACAUUGGAGAUAGCGGAUUUGCAGUAAUAAGAGAGGGGACAAUUGUGUACAAAUCGAAAGUUCAGCAAUCAAGGUUUAAUUGUCCUUUUCAAUUGGGGAAUGAGAGCACCUCUGAUAAGCCGAAUGUAGCGGAGAAAAUCAGUGUUCCAGUGAUUGCAGGGGAUGUGAUCGUGUUGGGAACCGAUGGAUUGUUUGAUAAUGUUCAUGAUUUUGAGUUAGAAACAAUUGUGAAUGCGGGGGUGGAUUCAUGGGAAUCGGAUGUGCCUGAGACAUUGGCAUGGAGGAUUGCGCAGUAUGCAUUAGACAAUGCCAAGAACACAGAGGUCUAUACGCCUUUUACGAGAGAGAGUCAUAAAGCUGGUAUUGAACAUAAUGGUGGCAAGAUUGAUGAUAUUACUGUCAUUGUCGCCUAUAUUUGGCCUCUCUAGUGUGCUCUGGAUGUCUCAUCUAAAUUAGAGUCAACAAUUUUUUAUGUAAAUAAUUGUUCUUCAUUGGUGACGAACAAUCUUACAUAAUUUGAUUUUCAUGUUUGAUCAUUCAAGAUUUGAAUUCUGUAUCAAUAUUGCAACA